CUUCCCGAAUGUCCUCGUGCAGCAGGAAAUGAAUUCAAGAAGCAAUCGAGAGAUUUUUAUGAUUUUCCUGGACAAAAACACCAAGAAAGGCUUCUUGUCUUUAACAGAAGUCAUUGAGUUGAGACGCAUCAAUUUUUUCCUGAUUUUUCUCAAAAAUUAAGAAAGCUCAAGAUGCCAAAGUGCACAUUCUGCAAGAAGGAUGUUACGGAUGAGCUGCAACAUCCAGGGCCAAGAGUUACGCUGCUCCUCAGGCAUUUGAAGAAGAGUUACAAGGAUGGUGGGCUGUGCAGGAAAUGUUAUGAUGAAGCCCAGGAGUUGGAUAACCCGUGCCAGGAGAAGAAGAGUGGACAAGUACAGGAAAAAUCUCCGAAUGCCCCUCCAGAAGGGGCAAAAGAUUCCCUGGAAGAGCUAGAGGUUGUUGUGAAAGUUGAGCAGCAACCCCAUGGAUCAAAGAGGUCCUCCGAAACGCCCCAGGAGAGUCUCAUGGCUGCCCCGAGGCCCAACAAUGAGCGAGAGUUGGAAGUUCCCGAAGUUGUGGAGGUGGAGGAGAAGAACCAGGAAUUUGUUCCAAUGCGUGGGAAAAAGAGGAUGAAACUUAAGAAGUAUUUGGCUGACGUUCAUUUAGAGCGGGAAAAGGUUGUUACGGAUGAAACUGUAAAUCAGCCUGGUUUCCAUCAUGGCCCCAAUCAUGCAAAAUACGCCCAGUUUCACCUAAAUUAUUUCUUCAAUUCUUUUUAAUUGUAUUUUGGAUAAAUUUUGUGAUUUAAAAAAAAAACUUUAGAAAUAAAUGAACUGAAUUCUAAUUAA